AAUUAAGGGGAACACCCCAAAUGCUGCACACGUUGCUAAACAGCUGUGUUUUUGUUUAUUCCGCAUUCUCAAUUUAAACUUGAGAGCAACCCACAGAAGUUGGCGCUUAAUUGCGCGUUUAGUUGAUAUCUGAUUAGGAUUUAUGCGGUUCUAUUCAAAUUUCAUAAUGAAAGCUAUAUUACAGCAGCGGGGAAAAAUAAAUCUAUCCCUUGAAGAGUGCGAUUUGGAAAGAACUCUGCUUGGAGGACAGAGUUUUCGUUGGCGUUCAAUAUGUAAUGCUAAUAAGACAAAGUAUUGCGGAGUCGCUUUCAACAUUUACUGGGUGCUCGAACAAGAAAAGUCCUGCAUAAAUUUCGAGGCAUACGGAAGCAGUCCAUUGAUCCCUGUGGACUACACAUCCUUAAUAUCAGACUAUCUACGCGUGGACUUUGACCUAAAACAUAACCAGAAAGAUUGGUUAAGCAGGGAUGAAAACUUUGUAAAGUUUUUAAGCAAACCCGUUCGCGUCCUUUCGCAGGAACCCUUUGAGAACAUUUUCAGCUUCCUUUGCAGUCAAAACAACAAUAUCAAGAGGAUAUCAUCAAUGAUCCAGUGGUUUUGUGGUACUUUUGGCACCAAGAUUGGCCAUUUUAACGGCUGCGAUGAGUUUACAUUUCCAACUGUUAAACGAUUUCAAGAUAUCUCAUCCGACGACCUUAACGCCCAACUACGUAUUGCUAAAUUCGGAUAUCGGGCCAAGUUCAUAGCACAAACUCUGCAGGAGAUCCAAAAACGAGGUGGCCAAAACUGGUUCUUAGAGCUUAAGAGCUUGCCAUUCGAAAGGGCACGAGAGGAAUUGACGCAACUCCCCGGAAUCGGUUACAAAGUGGCCGAUUGCAUUUGCCUUAUGUCCCUGGGCCAUCUGGAAUCCGUUCCCGUUGACAUUCAUAUAUACAGAAUCGCUCAGAAGUACUACCUGCCGCAUCUGAACGGUCAAAAGAACGUCUCCAAAAAGAUAUACGAUGAGGUUUCGCACCAUUUUCAAAAGAUUCAUGGAAAGUACGCGGGUUGGGCUCAAGCUAUUCUUUUCUCUGCUGAUUUGGGACAAUUUCAAAACACUUCCACUAUCGAUUGUACAAAAAAAUCGAAUAAAAAGCUUAAAAAAUAAUUACAUAAAUGUAAUAACUCAAACUAUAAUUUAAGUGUUCAAAAUAAAUUCUAAGGUCAAAUCUGCA